AAGCAAAGAGUUUCUUGUUUGCAUUCUUUAUCAUCUCAAUAAUUCAUCACAUCAUGGCAACUAGUUCAAGUUCAUCCAUCAUGAAACGGUCCGACUCAAUAGUCGACUCCAUGCCAGACGCCUUGAGGCAGAGCCGAUAUCACAUGAAAAAAUGUUUUCUAAAAUACGUUGAAAAAGGAAACCGGAUGAUGAAACUCCACCAUAUAAUGCAAGAAAUGGAGACCGUCAUUGAUGACAAGGACGAACAGGCUCAGCUCUUGGAUAGCUUAAUCGGCUACAUCUUGCGCACAAGUCAGGAAGCAGCUGUUGUCCCUCCUUAUAUUGCCUUUGCUAGUAGACCGAAUCCUGGAUCCUGGGAGUUUGUUAAAGUCAACUCUAACGAUCUAUCGGUUGAAGGGAUCACUGCCACCGAUUACCUGAAGUUCAAGGAAACGAUCAUUGAUGAGACAUGGGCUAAUGAUGAAAACACGUUGGAGAUUGACUUCGGGUCAAUGGACUUUAAUCUGCCAAACAUGAGUUUACCUGAUUCGAUUGGAAACGGUGUUAACUUCACAUCGAAGUUCAUUACUUCUAAACUUUAUGCACAAUCUGGCGGCCAACAGCUUGUUGAUUACUUACUCUCAUUAAAUCAUCAAGGAGAAAACCUUAUGAUCAAUGAUACACUGAACACAGUUUCAAAACUUAAAGCGGCUCUAAUCCUAGCUCAUGCCUCCCUUUCUUCGUUACCUAACGAUACGCCAUAUCAAAGCUUCGAGCUUAGAUUCAAAGAAUGGGGGUUUGAGAAGGGAUGGGGGGAUAAUGCAGAACGCGCGAAGGCAACAAUUCGGUGUCUUUUGGAGGUUCUUCAAGCACCCGAUCCAGUAAACCUGGAGGCUUUAUUCAGCAGGAUUCCAAACAUAUUCAACGUCGUUUUGUUCUCGAUCCAUGGGUAUUUUGGUCAAUCCAAUGUUCUUGGCUUGCCCGAUACUGGCGGCCAGGUAGUUUAUGUUUUGGAUCAAGUUGUGGCUAUGGAAGAGGAAUUGCUUAUGAGGAUUAAGCAACAAGGACUCAACUUCAAGCCUCAAAUACUUGUGGUGACCCGACUUCUUCCUGAUGCAAAAGGAACCAAAUGUAAUCAACAGCUGGAACCAGUAACAAACACAAAACAUUCACAUAUACUUAGGCUUCCAUUCAGAACAGAGAAAGGUGUUCUUCGCAAAUGGAUAUCUCGAUUCGAUAUCUAUCCGUAUCUCGAAAACUUCACUCAGGAUGCAAGUGCCAAAAUUGUUGAAAUGAUGGAAGGAAAACCGGAUCUGAUCAUCGGAAACUAUACUGAUGGAAAUCUUGUUGCGUCUCUCGUUGCGAGUAAACUCGGCACCACAUUGGGAACGAUUGCACACGCGUUAGAGAAAACCAAAUACGAAGAUUCAGACAUGAACUGGAAGCAGUUGGACCCUAAAUAUCACUUUUCAUGUCAAUUUACAGCAGAUAUGAUUGCAAUGAAUUCAGCUGAUUUCAUCAUCACCAGUACUUUUCAAGAGAUUGCUGGAAGUAAGGAUAGACCGGGUCAAUACGAAAGCCAUACGGCUUUUACACUUCCAGGCUUAUACAGAGUUGUUUCGGGCAUCAACGUGUUCGAUCCAAAAUUCAAUAUCGCUUCUCCAGGAGCUGAUCAAACUGUUUACUUCCCGUACGCUGAAACACAGAACCGAUUCACCACAUUUCGCCCCGCCAUAGAGGAGUUGCUCUUUAGUAAAGUUGAAAAUGAUGAACACAUUGGAUACUUAGAAGACAAAAACAAACCGAUCAUAUUCUCAAUGGCACGGCUCGACACUGUGAAGAACAUCACAGGGCUAACCGAAUGGUUUGGAGCGAACAAGAGGCUCCGGAGCUUGGUCAAUCUUGUUGUCGUGGCUGGUUUUUUCGACCCCUCGAAAUCAAAAGAUAGAGAAGAAAUGGCGGAAAUUAAGAAAAUGCACUUGUUGAUCGAGAAAUACCAACUCAAAGGUCAAAUAAGAUGGAUCGCUGCUCAGACCGAUAAGAAAAGGAACAGUGAGCUUUACCGGUUUAUCGCUGACUCAAAGGGUGCGUUUGUCCAGCCCGCUUUGUAUGAAGCGUUUGGGCUCACGGUUAUCGAGGCUAUGAACUGCGGUUUGCCGACUUUUGCGACGAAUCAAGGUGGUCCCGCUGAGAUUAUCGUUGAUGGCGUUUCUGGGUUCCAGAUUGAUCCUAAUCAUGGAGAUGAGUCCAGCAACAAGAUUGCGGAUUUUUUCCAGAAGUGUAAAGAAGAUCCUGGGUACUGGAACCGAAUUUCAGAAGGCGGUUUGAAGCGUAUAUACGAGUGCUAUACUUGGAAGAUUUAUGCAAAUAAAGUGUUGAAUAUGGGGAACAUUUACACGUUUUGGAGGCGGUUAAACAAGGAACAGAAAGAAGCCAAACAAAGAUACAUUGAACUAUUCUACAAUCUACACUACAAGAACUUGGUUAGGACUGUGCCCAUUGCUAGUGAUGAAGCUCAACCUGCACCGGUUACAAGGCCAAAACCGGCAACACAGCCUACAACAAGGCGUACAAAAUCCACGCUGGAAAGGCUGUUUGGAGCUUAAAGGAUUGAUGGCAAUGCACCCAAGUUAAAUUCAUGUGACUUCAUAACAAAAAGAUUUGUAUACAUGGACAAUACAUGAUUAAAUAAAAGAAAUAAAGCGCCUGUGAACCGUCUUUGAAUGAGAGCUAACAUGUAUACUAUGGAACGAAAUAAUAAAAUUCACAUUCUUCGUC